CUGUUCCGCUUCCAUCACUCGCCUCCCCCCCCCAAGUUAUAGCUGUUUCUCCUAUCUACGAGCAGGCGACUAACAUGGAUAUUGCAAAUCAGUUGGUUGCCGGUGGGCAUUUCAGGGUGCUGAAAGUCCCAUUGGGCUUCAUCAAAGUCUUAGAAUGGGUGUUUGCCAUCUUUGCUUUCUCCACCUGUGGGAGCUACUCCGGCUCCUUCAGGAUGAGCGUGGAGUGCAGAAACAGAUCAGACAGUGACCUGAAAAUAGAUGUGGAUUUUGAGUAUCCCUUCAGGCUUCAUCAAGUGUAUUUUGAUGCCCCCGCCUGCAAGAACGGCCAAAAUGACCGCUUCUUCCUGGUUGGGGAUUACUCAUCCUCAGCAGAGUUCUUUGUCACCAUAGGCGUUUUUGCAUUCCUGUAUUCCAUGGCAGCUCUCAGCAUCUAUAUCUUUGCCUUUGAGAAGUACCGUGAGAACAAUAAAGGACCACUGAUUGAUUUUGGUGUGACAUGUGUAUUCACCUUCAUGUGGCUGGUGAGCUCGGCAGCAUGGGCAAAGGGUUUGUCUGAUGUCAAGACAGCUACAGACCCAGAGAAGGUCCAAGAUCUUAUCCCCGCUUGUGAACAGGAAGGCAACCGCUGCCGUGAAGUUUACGACCCCGUCAUGUCUGGUCUUAAUACUUCUGUGGUCUUUGGCUUCCUCAACCUGAUCUUGUGGACGGGUAACCUGUGGUUUGUAUUCAAGGAGACUGGGAUCAUCGCACCAUUUAUGCGUCAACAGCCUGCCCAAGAGAAGCAGCCCGCCCCUGAUUCCUACGGGCAGGGAGGUUAUGAGCAGCGGGACCCGUACACCGGCUCCCAGGGUGGCUACCAGCCCGAUUACAGCCAGCAAGGCUACAAUCAGGGUGGAGACUACGGUCAGGGAGGAUAUGACCAGCAGGGGGCACCCACCUCCUUUUCCAACCAGAUGUGAGCGAAGAAAUAUCUGCGGAAGCGGGAGAUGGCUG